AUGAAACGCGUCAUCGGUUACAUCGCCUCACACUUCCGCCGCGACAAGAUCUGGCUGCGCCGCACGCGCCCCGACAAGCGCCGGUACCAGGUCGUCCUCGCCAUCGACGACAGCCGCUCCAUGGCCGAGAACGGCUGCGGCGCGUUCGCCCUUGAGGCUCUGACCCUCCUGUGCAAGGCCAUGUCCCGCCUCGAGGUCGGCGAAAUCGGCGCCCUCUCCUUCGGCGGCGCCGCCGGCGCGCGCCCGCUGCAGCCGCUCGGCGCGCCGUUUGGCGAUGCGGCGGGGCCCGCGCUGAUGUCGGCGCUGCGGUUUGACCAGGACAACACAAUCGUUGACCGGCCGAUGGUGCAGCUGGUGGAGGCGCUGGAGCAUAUGCUCGACGCGGCAAGGCACCGGGCGGUGACGUCAUCGGGCGGCGGCGGCGGCGCGGGCAGCGACCUCAGGCAGCUGGUGCUUGUGCUGGCGGACGGCCGGUUCCACGAGAAGGGCGGCCUCAAGGCGGCGGUGCGGCGGCUGCUGGAGAAGCGCGGCGUGUGCGUCGCGUUCAUCGCGCUUGACUCGGUGCGCGGCGCGGGCGCCGGCGCGGGCGCCGGGGACGGCGUCGCGGGCGGCGGCGGCGGCGCGGCAAUGGGCGCGGGCGCGGGGUCGUCGCUGCUGGAAAUGCAGAGCGUCAAGUUUGUCAACGGGGCGCCCGUGUUCGAGCGCUACCUCGACUCGUUCCCGUUCCCCUUCUACAUCGUGCUGCGGGACAUCGCGGCGCUGCCCCGGACGCUGGCCGACCUGAUGCGGCAGUGGUUUGAGCUGACCGCCAGCGGGUGA